CAGUUUAUAGAUGAUCAUAGGGCAGAGCUUAUUCAGAGGGUCAGUCCGGUAGAGCCCAUUGCAGAUGUCAUGCUCUCACAGAGACUGAUCCAUUCAGAGGUUUAUUCUAACAUCCUGGCUGCCAGAACCAGCCAGGACAAAAUGAGGGCGCUAUACGAAGCCAUGUCCACUCAACCCCAGAAGGAGGCACUCUACAGCAUCCUGGUGAAGGACUAUUCUUGGGUCACUCAGGACAUCCAUAGAAUGAGGAUAUUGCCGCUGGGAAAAAGUGCAUCAGGAAACACAAUCCUUGUGGAAGGACUGAGACAGGAGAGAAUGGCAACCAGCAUGGGCCAUACAGAGGAGGAGAUGAACAUUACCAGAGUGCUGCAGCUGAAACAGAAUGUUGUCGAGCGAGAACCAGAGAAACUAUCAAGGAAGUCAGAAACAUUCCACGUUAGAGUGAACGGACUGAGAGGGGAGAUAAUGGAAAUCGACGUGGGCCAUACAGAGGAGGAGAUGAACAAUACCACAGUGCUGCAGCUGAAACAGAAAAUUGCCCAGAGACUACCAGGCUGGGACAUAGAAACCCUGACGAUGAGAUACACAUGCAAGACUCUGGAAGACUCACGCCUGCUCUCCUGUUACGGAAUCCAGGACAAGUCUCUCAUUAAUCUAGUGCUUGAUAAAUAUAGAGAAUAGAGCAUCUUCACCAGUCACAUCAUCCCACUACACUACACUCAAAAGAAUGCUGGGUUGUUUGGUUGACCCUGGGUUGCAGGCGUUGGGUCACUUAGAUGGGUUGUUUUCUUUAAAAACUGCUGGGUUAUUGAUGCUGCGUUAUUGGUGUAUGAGUUCCCUUAAAGCAUAUGUAAGUCCCAUUGUUGGGAUACAAUAAGGUGGUAUACCUUAUUAUAAUAUGUAAUAAAUAAUUCAAUGUAUAAAAUGCAAAUAAAAUAAAGGACAAUUUGAAUUUGUGGUAUGUAAGCUUAACAUGAUCAAAUGGGAUGACAUUUACUCUCACAGUGUGGCCAAUACGAUCUAGCUGAAUGCCACACCGCUAAAAAGCGACACCUUUUGAAAAUAACCUUACAUUCAAAAUGACCCAGCUGCUUUGUCAACUCAGCAUGAGAGUUAAAAAUACCCAUCUGAUGGUUAAAUUAACCCUUGUUUGGGUAAUCCGAGAUACCCAAUUUGUUGGAUUAGCCACACAACUCAAAUGGGUGUGAUUUGUCCCAGCUCUAAUUUUUACCCAGCUCUGGGUUACCAAAUAACCCAAAUUGUGUUGUUUUUAACACCAAUUCUUUGGUUGAGUGGUUCUCAAACUCUGGUCCAUAGGAUGUUGCUAGCUGGUCCCUGAGAUGGUUAAUGGACAAUCAUUUAGUCAGUUUUACAGUGCUAGUUUAAUGUAGGCCGUCACACAAGGAAGAAAAAUCACGUUGAGAAACACUGCACAACCUUGCCUCACUCUGGUGUAUAUGGUCAGGGUAAGAAUGUAUUUGAUUUAGGUCACCCGUCAAAGAGACAGGUUCUUAACAAAAUAGGCCCUGUUGUUAAGAAAGGUCUGCUUUAUAUUUACAGUGGCUUGACUUACUCCAWAGUUUGUUGUGUUACAGCCUAAAUUCAAAAUGUAUAAUAUAAUCUCUCACCCAACU